AUGGAAAAUGUCGAAUACCUGAUCGGCCCACUUGGAAUAUCACUGCUUCUUGGGAUGUCUGCCUAUGGAAGUUGUACUGGAAUGAGUCUCUGUGGCUGUUCGUCCACCCUGUACGCAGAUAGACCCAGAAUUGUCACAUACUCAUAUGUUGCAAUGAUAAUGAUAUCCACAGUCUUCUUCUACGCCUUCAUACUCGGAAUACUCGUAAUGAACAAGAUCACAGCAACUUACUCCCUAUCAACUGCCAUUUGGAACUUCAGUGCCUGUAGCCUCUUUGGCCUGGUUGGAUUUGUCUCAGGAAUUUCAAUGGGAAGAAUAUCCCAACUUGGAUUCAGGCGAAUUGUCCAGAAAAACGACUUCUUCAUGUCAUUUCUGGUGGCAUUGGCCACUGUUGAGGUGACACUGAUUCUUGCAUUUCUCUGCAGUCUCCUAAUGAUCUACAAUCACUGA